AUGGCGUUCUCAAGGCGCUGGGUCAUACAAGAGCUGGCAUUUGCACAAUCCGCUUCAGUUCACUGUGGCAAGCAUGUGCAGGACUGGAGCGACUUCCAAACUGCCAUCGCUAUCUUCCACCGACACUUCGAUGGUCUGAAAGCCCGGCUCAUGAUGUAUUACGAGUCCUCUCAAGCCAAGCGCAGUCACUUGAACGAUGACUCAACCCUAGAGAUUGAGCACCUCGGUGCCAAGCUGUUGGUGGAUAUGACAUCCACAUUGUUUCGCAAGCGACCCGACGGCACCCUGGAAUCUACCAAAGGAUUGGAGAGCUUGGUAUGCUCCUUGUCCGGCUUCGACACUUCCGAUCCACGCGAUACAAUCAAUGCCUUUCGAAGUAUAUCCAAAGAGGUGACUAGAUAUAAACCGCGUGCCGCAGGACAGCAUAGGCCACCGCCUGUUCCAAACUACAGUAACGAUCUCUUUGAGAUAUAUCGCGACUUUGUUAAAUGGGUUGUCGAGACCUCGGGAUCCAUUGACAUAAUCUGUCGCCACUGGGCAUUAAAAGAACGCCAUGAACUAACUCCAACAACCCCUCGACUGGUUCAACUACCUUCCUGGAUCCUUUUCGUGGAAGACUCUGCCUGGGGAAAGGGCGAAGAUCUGUUUCGCGGUCGAAAGGCUGGCGACAGCUUUGUCGGGUUACCUGGUAGUAACAACUACAACGCUUGCGGUAGGCAGGGCAAGCAAGCCCGUGUCAAGUUCCCCCGGAGUCCUGUCCAUCGUGCCUCGGCCCCACCUUCCCAAGUCAUACACGAUAUGUCGAUGUCCGUGAGAGGUGUCAUGAUAGGAACAGUCUCCUUCCGCACAGACCCGUUUCCCGAUGGUGUUAUCACCAAAGAUUGUUUGGAAGGUCUGGGAUGGGUCUUCGACAAGGACGCCAUAGAAAUCACCGAGGUUCCAGCCAAGCUAUGGCAAACUCUGGUGGCAGACCGCGAUCCGCAGGGCAACCCACCCCCUCAUUGGUACAAGAAAGCGUGUCAACAUUGCCUUACCUAUCAGACGAAUAAUGGACACAUCAACAUCAACACCGUUCUACGACGGAACCUUCGAGGCGGCCCCAAUGACAUCGUGUAUGACUACCUUUGUCGCGUCCGUGCUGUCACCUGGAACCGAUCCUUCCUCAGAGGCAACCCCAUCUGUAGUGCCACCACCGAUACUUGCGACUUCGAGCAUGACGAACUCGUUGGCUUUGGGCCACCUAGGACUGAGAAGGGAGAUGUGAUUGCUAUUCUGUAUGGCUGCAGCGUCCCUGUCAUCCUCCGACCAACUCAAAAUGGCUCUGGUGAGCAUCUUGGGUACCUAUUCGUCGGCGAAGCUUACAUCUACGGUAAAAUGGACGACGAAGCUUUUGGUGUCCACUGCGAAGAAAAGAACUUCAAGCUGCUCUAA